CAUCGUCAAUCUUUUCAUGAUCAAUGGAACAUAAGGUAGCUUUUUUUCGUUUUUUUCUGUUACUAUUGUCUUUUUUCUUUCGCUGAAAGAGGAGGAACUUUAUGAGAGUAUAUUACCGUAGACACAAAUUCAAGCUUGAAAUUGUACAGAUAUCAUCCUUCAGUUAGGGCGACCUACGAGGGGUUAUGACAUGGAAUGGCUCUUCCAGCUGCGCACGUUGCUACGUACCUAACGUGACUGAAGUGUUAUUGGAGUGAAAGAACAAUUUCAAGAACUUUAGUUUGGCUUUCGCGGCAGAGUUUACUUGGAUAACAAAUGAAGAAAAUGCGAAAGUAUUCUGGAGCAACUGGCUUGAAAACUUUGCCAAUUGUUCCCUCGACGUUUGUGGCGAGGAGUUCGCCGCAUUUUAUGGCCGCACUCAGCGGAAAGACACAAGAUCAUGCACCGAGAAAAAUUUCUACUUACAAAAAGAGUCCCGCAUCGCCAUAUGUCUCGAAGAAGAAAAGCUCGGCGAUGUUUAUUCCAUCGCAUCUUCCAAUGAUUCAUGUAACAGCAAUGGAGGAGGUAGCAGAGGACAGAGACGGUAAAUCAACGUCCCCUCAAAGAAAAGUAUCUUCAAACGGGUCACCUUGCGCUCGUGGGGUGAAAACCACCGACACGAACGAGAAGCAUUCAGUGGUUUCAAAAUCCUCAACUGGGAGACAGCGAAAGAUAUCGAACACCAAGCCAAAAGCGAGCGUUCUGGGAGAAACUCCCCUUGGAAGAGAUCUAAUUUUUCACCGAAAGAUUUCCAAUACAGCAGCUCCAACUGUAAUGAGAGUGGACGAAGCAGAAGAAAAACAAAGACUGCUAACAAAGUAUGCCUUAAAUAACGUUACUCUUUAUAAUGACAACAGAAAGCGGCGAAUUAAAAACACCUAUUUCAGCAGAUAUAAUGUGAAUGGAAACUUGGAGGCUAAAGUCCCGGCAAGAGGUAGGACACAGAGCCUUAAUUGUGUUUCAAAAGGUGAUCAAGGAAGGGUAAACACAGCAGAUAAGUUCUUUACACCGAGAGUGAUUCAAGAUGAAUCUACCAGUAGCAUUUUCGGAAGAGUUCGAGCUCAGAGCUUGAAUAUUGUUCCAUGUGGGAGCGAACCUGUGAGAACAAGACCGUCUCAUAACAGAAAUGAAGGAUUGCGAGAAAUCGUGGAGUCAAGAGGACAACGGAGCCCUAUCGAAGACGCAGCAGUUACAGCUGAUAGUGGUCUCCAAGUUGAGCUAGUUACCGACGCAAAUCAAAGGCCUGCAUCCCAAUAUCCGCAGAGAAAAGAUAGUAAUGAGUACAACAGACUCUCGGUAAAGCGUGACUAUCUACAUACUGCGGCAGCACCUUUGCGGAAAGAUUCGCAAGAUCGAAAUUCUUUCUUAACCUUCCCUGAUUUAAGGGCAAAAACUUGGAUAGAGGGCUGAUACAAAACAAGUCACGUUUUCGAAACAGUGAUCUAUAUGUUGUUCAAGAUCGGCAAAGUUUACGCCAUGUUUUGUUUCGUAAAUGAUGUUGCGUAAUCAGAAACAAAUAUUGAUGCCGAUGAAAAAUAGCUUUAAAUAGGUUUGACGAGAACAGAGUGAGGUAUUCUUUUGUCGCAGUAGCUUGUUAUGUCUCAGCGGGAGUCCAAGAAAAUGUUGUUGCGUUACAAAAUGUAAAAAUUCAAAAAGUUAAACAAAGGUAAAAAGAACAAAACUACUUGUGGCUGUAAGCACUUAUUAAAUUUAUAGCACCUGUAUCUUCCACUGGUUUAUCAGUUGAGCAAGGUGAACUAAGCAAAUAUUGGGGAACAACAGGAAGCAAAGUACAAAACGUUUUAAAAUAGGUUUAUUGAUUAAGUGGCUCUGGGGCGGGGAGUUAUUCCAGCGAACACAAUACUUUGGAAUGAGAUUAAAGUUUACCAUGUUGGGUACAAAUCUAUUGUAAAACUACUGACCUUAAAUCCAUAAAAAAUAAACUAUUUG